UAUUUGAAGUUCCUGAAAUAGUUACACGCUCGGUCGCGUAAUGAGCUCCGGCGGCGCUCCCGAAUAAUCAUUCCUCGCGCGAGACAGAGAGAGGGAGCGCGCCACGAAUCUCCGCGCGCGAGUUCUCCGCGAAUCGACACUAGUUCUCCGGGAGACACUCGUGAGAGACGAAGACGGUGAGUUCAAUAAGCUCGUCCUUACGGGCGGAGACGGGCAAGAGAGAAAGAGAGAGAGAGAGAGAGGGAGAAAGAGCUUCUAUCCGUCGGAUACAUUCUCCUGCAACGACAUCCGAUAGACGAACGAUGUUACGAGCUGUGCAUCGUCGUCGUUGUCGUCGUGGUGCCGUCCGUCUACCGCUUCGCGCGACGCUCGCUUCAUCGUGAUUCACCGGCUAUACAUUAGUCCCCGGGAUUUCGGGACGAUGUUAGCGGGAGUUGACACGGACGUCUCAUUGAUUUCGCGAUCUCCGGAAUACUCCGUGCGUCCGUUAUAACGUCCCAGUCACGAAUUCUGCAUUAGAUCUCGGCUGCCGGCUCCUUCGAGGGAGAUGAAGGAGUUUUCGGAGGAAACGUCAGAGACGGCAGCGAUCCGCCGAGCGGAACUAAUGAGUCCCGCCAACCAUUUGUUGCAAAUGUCUGUUCGGUGAUGUACGUCGGGAAAAAAAAAAAUCAUCGGCGACGUCUCCGUUUCAGGCAGCGACAUCAGAGUGGAGUUCAAGAUGCCAAAAGAGGCCGAGGUGGGUUCUUCGAUCGAAUUGAGGUGCGAGUGGCAAAUACUGAGCGGGAGCAACCUCUACUCGGUUAAAUGGUACAAGGAUGAUCACGAGUUCUUCCGAUAUCUGCCGGACAGCAACCAGAGGACCCAGAUUUUUCCACGGCCCGGCGUGAAAGUCGAGACACGGCCGAGCAACGAGCAGAGAUGGAUAAGAUUGAGGGACCUCGCCCUGGAGAGCUCCGGCCAAUACAAAUGCGAGGUCUCCACCGAGGCGCCAUCCUUCGCCACCACUUAUCAAACUGCCAAUCUGACGGUGAUUUCGCUACCGGAGAGGGGACCGGAAAUCACAGGCCUGUCCUUGCACUACGCCCCCGGCGAGAACGUGACUGCCAACUGCACUGCCUGGCCGUCCGUGCCUAAGGCCAAUCUACGUUGGACCAUCAACGGCGAACCGGUGUCACUCGAGAACAUUAUCCAGCACCCGCCGUUGGCGCCCAUGAGUACCGGAGACAUCCCCAACAGUCUGGGGCUACGAUUGGAAGCCGAACCUCGGCAUUUCAUGAGCGGCGGACUGGUCAAGAUCAAAUGCAUCGCCGAGGUCGGCUCGCGCGUGUACGACAUCGAGCGUAAGGUGAUGAAGGCAUAUGUGAACAACGAGAGGCUCAGCGCCGGCGAUAUGCACGGGGCUGCACGCAGCAUCCGCGCCGAUUUCCUCGCUCCGCUGCUGACGGCGAUCCUCGCGCUCAUUCUGCUCACAACGUGACCUAUCGGCCUCCUCGCGUGAGUCGGCCUCCACAAAUGGGAAUUACGUUGUGGCGCGCGCUCCAGAAACGCGCGACAGGUUCAGUGUCAGUUGUCCGAUCCUUAAAUAUAAAGUUAGACUUAGCGAUUAAGCGACGGUAAGCGAUUAAUCAGCCGAUCAGCUCGCUCUCGGUCCAAUCACGCUUUCAUCUCCAGCGGUGCGCUGCUGUCGUAUUUGCUCGUCGGUGGAUUGUGUAAGAGGCAACAUAAAGAAACACGUGAAAAAGUCUCGUUGAGAUAAGACGAUCGUAGGGAUUAUAAAGGAUUAAUUUUUGUUAAUUCUAUUUCGUUCUAUGUAUGAUUUAAAUAUUGGGUUGGAACAAAAAUUCAUAGCGGCACAAAUAUGUAGUUAAAUAAAUCUAUGUACAAAUAUCUAAACGUUUGUCUUUGAACUUCACUUAAAAAAAAAAAAAGAAACUAACUUUUGUUCCAAUCCAGUAUACACGUGUGCUUUAUAUGAAGAGAGGAGGGAUCGUUUGAAAAUCAAUUACUGCGGUAAUUUUGGUAGGAAAUACUUGGACGAACGUAUCUUCGUAUAUUUUAAGUGACUCUUUUAGAUCAGUAUACCAUGUCAGAGUACUUGGUUAGAAAGUUUCCCCGUAAUUUUCAUGGAGUAACUUUCACCUUUCCCCUUUUCUCUUUCUCUCUCUUUCUCUUUCUCUCUCUCUAUCUCUAUUCGAUUUCUCCUUAUCAUAUUUAACUCUCAAUCUUUUUAACGAGUUCCAGAUCCGGAAGACUCUUUAAAGUUCAAUUGCGACUCGCAGUCAUUAACUUUACAUUGAAGUUUCAAGAUUUUACUGCUAAUAGUAAAUGUCACGAGCCAGAUAUCCCGAUCGCAAAAUUGCCGAAUAACAAUAACAUUAAAUUGACGAUUUUUAAACUUGCGUUCUCUCGAACUUAUUACGAGAUCUCAAAAUGCACCGGCGAGACGUUGAAAGAAAAUUUAGAAAGUCAAUUCGGAAAGUCGUAUGCUUAAUCCGCGCCUGACUGUAUUUUCGUAUAAUAAAGUCCGUUCUAUUUUACACCCCGACAAUUACCGUCGUGGGGUUUAGACAGAACUAGCCGUACUUCAUACAGCAUGUCGUACCGCGGAGAUAUAAAUUCUGGGCGCAGCGCGUGCAAAUUCCGUUUUACGACACGCGUGAGAUUAACUACCGAAACGCGUAUAAGUCACUACACCGCCGCACGGCGAAACGCGAAUUACGUAUGAAUCGAUAAAUGGAUUUGCCGUGCCGGCAUCAACAAAACGAGAUUAAUAAUUCGGGUAUCUCACAUUGCAAAAUUGCAUAUGCGCGGUCGCACGAAUAAUAAUUGUAUUGAAAAGGGGUUGCUUCUCCGUUACAGGAUCGCGUAAAAGUUUAAACUCGUCAUUAUUUCUACAAAAACAAUUUAUAUUGUCGUUGGUGCAAACAUAAAUAAUGACUAAAUAACAUCGAAAAUCCAACCCAAAGCGAUGCAUUCACCUCGUCGUAAUGAAAACAUAUAGUGUUGAAUUCAAAAUUAGUACAUCAAUAUUUUAUUAACGGCGCCGCGCGUUCGCUCGGCGGAAAUUUCCAAUUAACAAUUCAGUUUUCAUAUUUUCCCGAAUUCUUUUGUCAAGCGUAAUCGAUGACGCGGCAUUCUAUCCGCGGAUAGCGUUAUUUUCGCGCGUCAUUAUUGUUUCAUCGUAAAAUUGCAUAGAAUUUUCCGAUGACGGCACACAAUUCGGCAAAUGUAUAUCUGGCGAUCUUUGGACGCGUCACGUACGAACGUCGGACAAAUCCGACGGAUUUUCACUCCGCCGAUUGCAGGCGCGGCUGUUUCACGUGUUUCACUGCCGACGACAAAGGGCGUUUGGUCACGAGAAGCGAGCGCACGGACGUACGCGAGCGCGAAGAAAAGGAGUAAAAUUCUGAGAGAAAGGAUUGCCGCGAGAGGCAGUCCAUUCGACCUGCCUCUCCGGAGAAGACGCUGUAAAAAGAGACGAGCAAGCGUGACAGGAAAGUAAGAGAGUGCGCGUGAGAGCAAGUGCAAGACGGAGAAAGUGAAACGAAGUUCGUGCAAGCCGCAACGAGAGGAAAAAAAAAAUAUUACGGGGCAAGCAGGGAGAAACGUUGUGUGUGACCGGAGCGAAAACGCGAAGUUUGACUUCAAGAAUGAAAGUAGGUGUGAUAUUAUAGUGUUUAAGGUGCGACUCGCCGGUCUUCCAAAGUGGCCAUCUCCAUCCCCUUGAUUCUUCGCCUUGAAAGUUAACUACGAAAGUUCCCUGUCGUUCAAUGACUUUUCUUAAACCGAACCCGCGAUACUAUAUUUACGAUAUUUACGAAUUCUGAGAUGAGUACACUUUCGCUUCAUUCGAAACUUUAAAUAAUGAGAUGAGUCGAGGUUGCACGCGUACAGCGUCAACAUUUUUCAGAAACGUCUUGGAGAUAUUUCAACUGAAAAAAAAAGAAAUAUUUCAGAGGUGUCUCUGGGAUAGUAGAAUGUCCGCAAUUCUUGCACUUGAAGCUUUGCAGAAAUAUUGCUGAAAGGUCACUGAAAACAAUCUGAAAUCUUUCUGAAAUAUCGCUAAUCAUAAUCUUCUGAAUAAAAUAAAAAUUUAAACAUUUAAUUUUGAAAAACUUUAAAUUUAAAGCACUUCAGAAACGAUAUUUAAACUUAUUAUUAAUAUUCAGAGAAUCACACGUAUUAGAAAGUUACAAUAAAAAUUAUAUCUAAAAUACAAUUAGUGCGUUUAUUUAUUAUUUGCAAUUUGAUUAACAUAACAAAUGUAAAUAUGAUUUCUGAAAUAUAUAGUAAUUAAGAAGAAUGCAUAACGUGCACAAGAAAAUGAUAUUUGGCUCGCGUAACGUUCUUGUACCGCUACUACUCAGCUACAUGAGCUACUUGGGAAAUUUUUGCUCUUCCAGUCGGCGAAAGCAACGAGCAAAACUACAUGGGGAUAUUAGCAUGCUCGAGCAGAAAAUUUGAAAAUUUGAAAAAACCCAAUUUGAAAAUCUGCUGCAUGUGAUAGAUUUCUAUUGCAACGUUUCGUAUCACAAGAUAUCAGAAACAUUUCUGUUACAACAUUUCAUGCAACAUUUUUCAGGAGCGCUGUAUAUGAAACUUGAAAGGUUGAAAGCUCUUUGCAACAAUCGGUGCUGUAUGGGGGUUUCGCUUCAUUCGCAGAUUAUUGAAUUGAUUCCAUUCGCGGACGGGAGAAAUUUGUCGCUCGGUGCGACACGCGAAGUGUCGCAAAUUUACCGAAGAUGGCCAACUUUCGAGGAAGGCGGGUGACUAAGAGAUGUAAAUGAAAGCGUGCUUUAGUGAAAACGGAGAGGGUGAACGCGACUGGCCUCGCUGCACAUAUCACAUCACCGACACACACGUUAACGUGUGCUUAACACACACGCACACACACGUAAUACACGACACCACCCACACACGUAUGUACGUCAGCGCGCGCAUGAGCGCACGUAUGUCUGGAUUAAGAGAUGGAAGGAGCAGCCGACCCCCGCAGGGUGCGCAGGAUGCACAUAUAUCACGAGACGGUUUCCUUUUGAUCGCUAUCGCUCAUCGACCCGAGCGUUAUUUAUUGCCCGUAAUAAUUUACGAGUUCGCGAGAGGGACACGCUCUGCAACGCGCAUAAACGUCGCUUCCGAUAUUCGGCGAUAUUCGGCCGAAUCUUUGUGCCUGUACGCGUAACAAUCGCGUGGAUCCAUUCGCGGAAAAAUUAUGGCGCGCGUAUUCAAAGGGGAUUCCCGCGAAGUGCCAAAAACAUUCUCUUCCACGUAUCAUUUCUCCCCCUUCCCCCCGCCCCCCCGAUUGGACAUAUUUAUUCGCGCGACGGAGAGAAUCGUCGGAAAUGAUAGUAAACGACCAUUUAUCGUAUCUAUUACUGCCUAUCUGUUUUAGAUAAUAAAAUCCUUGAGAUUUAGCCCCGUUAAACAUUAACGUUUAAUUAUAAAAGAAUUGUAAACAAUAAGGCGAAACCAAAUAUCCAAUGCACUUCCGUGGUUCGAGUAAACAUACGCACGCGUGUGUGCGUUGCUCAAAAAUACAGUAUUUCUUCUAUUCUCUGACACUUAAUGGACGCUCGAUUUUAUGGGGCUAUAAAGUUUUGGCAGUGCCAAAAGUUCGCGGAGAAUAGAGUCUUCUUUUAGGCGAGUCGGGCAAGAUAUGGAUUUAUCACGCGGCUCUUCGAUAAAGAUAAAUCGGAACGAUUCGAGCUUGCAAUAAUAAAAGCUGUUCAUCCCGGAACGUUUUGGAUUGACGCGUCUCUCAAUUAAAACGUCGUUUCACAGCCGUUAUUGCAUUUUGCGAAAUUAUUAUUUUUCGCAAUUUAGACAUCGCAGAGAAAAUUCAAACACAGUUAAUUUCUCUACAAUUGUGCAAUUUGUGUUAUCGUGCAUUAUUUCGCGCGCGAUUUAUACAUAUCAGAGCGAAUAUCAGGUGCUAUUAUCGCGCGAGAGGGACUCAUUUUCCUAAUUACAUAAUUUAAUUGAAAAUGUUAUUUCCUUCCCGAUAAAAUAUUAAUACCGUCUUGCCACCCCCUCGCACCCUUCCAAACGCGACCACGCGUGUGCACGUGCACAUUAAUCCUUACUUCGCGAACGCAUAAUAAUUCAAGCGUAAUAUUUUCAGAAUGAUAUUCGAAUCACGUCGGAAUUAUACGAUAUCGUUUCGAUAAUAUCGCGAACGUUACGUUCCCCAUCGAAAGUUCCUGUAUUUGCUUAACGUUAUUGGUGUCGCGGAACGCAGCUGGUCCCAGGUGAGCGCCUAAACCGACAGCGGUAGGAAUUUUCCUCGCCGCGGCUUUCGAUCGAUCGAUAUCCCAAUUUUACGGCCCGUCGAGUCGCGAAAGCCGGGGGCAGGUUCGAGGAUCUUCUUUGGCACCGGCUAGAUCCUUCGCGUUACCCAGAAAGACUUAAAUGGAUUUCUAGCGGAAACUUAGACGCGGUAAACGAUUCCCGUUUCGCGACGACGGAAGCUACUCCCUUCGAAAUUUCCGUGCGAGAAUUUCUGUGUUUCUUGGUCGGGAAGAAAAACCGCGCCACUUCCUGGGUAUAUUAUUCGCGUGUAAGACUCAAGUGUACAAUUUUGACAAAUAAUGUUAAGGUUUCUUAAAAGGAAUUAUAUAAUUUCACGUUGCGAAUGACUUGAAUUUAUUCAAAAAAUAAAAAAGAUUCAAUUGUGAACUAGUUUUUCUAAAAGUCUGUGCUGUCUAAAAGAAAACUAAUAUGGAGCAGGAGGAACUGGAAGAUUUAUCUGCGACAGUAUUUUGAUAGCGCCGGUCGAUAUUUCAAUUUUUCAGUCUGCCGAGUACCAAAAUUCGGAGACGCGCGAGACUUCAACUGGAGAAUGUUCUCGAGAUCCCGCUUGGAUCUCGCAAAUUUGCGUCUCGUCGCGAAAUCCUUUACUGGAUUUCACAAGGAAACUUUAUCCCACUCUACGUGCGCGAGUCGUAUGAAUCUUAUUUUUACGGAUGUAAGCAAAGCCCAAAACAAUAUAUCCCGGAAUAUUUACGAUCCACUUCCAUCUUCCUUCCUUGUCAUUAAUUAAAUAUGAACUCACGCCAAAUUCGAAUCACGAGAAGGAAGAAGACUUGGAUAUCUCUACGUAUUUUUAACCCUUUUAAAUUCUUCGAUUCAAAGUGUUGAAGAAUUAAAGAAUAGCUAAGAUACGCCGUUAUUAUACAUAAAAUAAUCUCUGUCAGGAAAACUUAAACCUUAGCCAUCCAAGUAGACACUUCUACGAUAAUUAUUCGAUACGUACGUAUAUCAAAGUAGUUCGUAAGAAUCUUACGAUAAUAACGUAUAUACAAGUAUGCGUUGAAGUUGUUAUCGAUUCACGCGUAUACACGGAAACAUAUUUCAAGAGGAGAAAAAUUACUCUCUAAAUCGCACGGGCCAAAAGUUACGUACUUUAAAAUCAAUCUUUAGAAGGAACAAGAGAAUAAAUUCAAAGCCAUUUUUUAUCGCGAGUACGCGCGAAUUUACAUAUGCCCGCGCACGUCGUCCGGGUUAACGUAGUCGUAAACAUUCCUUCUGUUCGCCGAACUCCAAGUGUGUCAGCGAAUCCGAUAAAAUCGCGGAUCGAACAGCAAAGCGGAGUCUCUUUGUACGGGCACGAUCGAUAUCUCGAUUUUAUGGAACGACGAGCGCAUCGAGAGCGCCCCGCGAAAAAGGUAUCGUACUCGAAACGCGUUCUCCACUUUGCACGUUUUGCCGAUUUCUUUCGUUACUCCGCCGCACACGAAUACGAGGGCCGCGUAUAUGGCGGCGGAAAAGCGACCACGACCUCAAAAAGUCGCGGGAAAAAACGCGCUCGUACGUUUCUGCAGCUUCGCGCAUUCUCGCGUGACUCCCAGAUCGCGCGAUCGACCGGGACGCGUUCAUCGUACAUACGCGUCCGUGGCUCGUCGUAACGGGCGAAGCUUUCAUCCGGACACCCUGCGGACGCGCCACGCACAAUGUGGCGAUAAUCACGCGCGCACGCUCACUCACACAGGUAUAUACAUAGCACACACGAAACGUACGCUGCCGGUCUACGAGAGCGUUAGAUAGGAAAUAAAGGGUCCCACCCCUCCCCUCCCCCAUCCUCCCAUUAGCGUUUACGGAGUUUAACAUGUAAAUCGAUAAAGUAUUAAUUUAAUUAAUUCAAGUGUUAAUCCCCCUGUAAUUAUAGAAGAGAGCGGCCCUCGCGAGCCACGAUCGAAUCUCGUUAGUACGUGUAGCGUAUUCAGAAGGUACUCGUUCGGUGCAAUCGUGGAUCGCGAAGGCUCGCGCCAGCACCUGAAGGGAAGGUUCACCCGGGAUUACGUUCGAGUUGGAUUAAACUUUCCUGAGCACUCGAGAUCCCCAAUUAUAUCUCUCCAUUGCGUUAAGAAUUGUCAGUUUUCCGAAGAAGCUCGGCGACCUAAUAAAACGAAUUAACGUCUCUAUCUACUUUCUCCCAGAUAGUCGAAAUUACAUCAAUUUGCACUAAUUUGUUCCGGUAAAGUUCGAUCCGACGGUGUUUUGGUCGACCGUGUAGAAUCACGGGUCGACCCCUCCCCCCCUCUCCACCCCCCUGUAAGAAAAACGGAGUUAUGUAAAAUCCGUCAAGGAAAUGUAAUCGAACGGAGUAUUGGCGGCGAACGGGGAUCCAACGCGAACGAAUCCACCUUCCACUCGUCGCAUUUCGUAUUUUCGAAUUCACGGAUGCACUAUUGCGAUUUGUGGUAACUCAAAUAAAAAUUGUGCUAGCGACACUGUAGCGGUAAACGUGAUCACGAUGAAAGAUUAAAGUAAUACUACUUAAGGCACUCACAUGUACUUAUGCGAGGUGUCCCGUCGCUCCGUCGGUCUCUGCCGAAUUUAGAGCGUGUCCUUUGGCAGCAAAAAUUAAGAGGCUUUUAAUUAUAUCAGAAAUUGAUUUUAAUUAAAUCUCUAAUAGAUAUUCCUUUUACUCCGUGACUUCGUUGCUAGUUACGAAUGUUAAUUUUAAUUAAUAUUAAUAAUUAAAUCCGAUUAACAUUAAUGUAUAAUACUAAUUGCAGAGUAUUGAACACUUUACACUGAAAACUUGAAUAAUCCUGCGAGAUGUGUCCGUAGUCAAGGAAUAGGACGGACAGAUCGAAGCUCAUAUUAAUGCAGAGCGUAGUGUUUAUUAAGGAAUGAUGAUAGCGACGGGACACUUCGCGUAUACAAACGUAUACACAUAAAAGGAGCGAAUCCGCGACGCGGAGUACUCGAUUAAUUAUUUCGAUUAAGCGCAGACUGCGAUUAGCAUAAUUGACCAUACACCAUGGCGUGAGCGUGGAAGGUGAGAGCGAUAAAUACUCUUCGUGCAAUGUAAGUAUAGAUAAUGUAAGGACCCCCGAGGGAGAGAGAGAGAGAGAGAGAGAGAGAAAAGCCGACCGCGUGUGCACACAUAUACACGCGGGCACUAUGCGUGCGGUACGCACGUCGGCGCGCGGCGUGCCUGCGAGGCGGUUGGAGCUUUAAAGUGCAAUGCACAGAAUCGCGUGAACGUUUACGUACGUUUAUGUAAGUAAUACUAAUUGUAAGAUAAAUAUAUUGAGAAAGAGAAAAAGAGAGAUUCAAAGAUUAUAUAUAUAUAAAUAUAAAAAAAAUAUAGAUAUAUACAUAUAUAUAUAAAUAUAUAUUAUUAUAUAUUGCAAUAAUUGCCACUGUAAGUUGUCGGAGUGUUUCACGCGUACAUAUAUAUAUAUAUAUAUAUUAUAUAUAUAUCAUUGGAUAUAUUUUAUAGGUUAGACCAUACGUUUUUGCUAAACCGGCGAAUCGAACGACGAAGUUAUUACGACAGCGCACAGCUUAUCGAUUAUCUUACGAUUAUUGGGAGGGAUUACGUUUUCUUUCUUUUGUUUUUCUUUAGCUUCUCUCCUCGGCACAAUCACCUACUGUACUGUGUUUACUGUGAUAUGUAUUAUUUGUCGACGUUCAUACGAUUUAUAUCCGUAUAUGUUUCUCCCCGGAUGUGAAUUUACGGAUUCAUUUGCUCGUCUAUAUAGAUUCACCUAGAUUUAUGUCACGUCGAAAUAGCUGUGAUUUACCGAUUGAUUUGUGAUCCUUAUUCUCUUAGGGAGAUUACUAUGAUAUAGCGUACUAAAUAAAUUGGACGAAUUAAACACGACUUCGAAUAUCAUAAA